AUGUCGAACACUGCCUCCACGCUUUCCCAACGCUACUGCGAGUUUGCCAACGUGACUUUUCCGUCAGCUAUCGACGACGGCGCGUACCGCGUGAGCGUCAAGACGAACAAGGCGCAAACCAACGCGGUCAUCUGGCUCGAGUCCAAGAAGGCCAAGCUCCAGUGGCAAUGCGUGGUCGAAGACUUUGCCAAGCACAUGAAGACGACGUUUGCGCUUCCGAACGCCGUCAUCUUGGCAGCCAUCAAGAAUGGACUCGCCACCAUUGACGGUGUCGCAUCCAAGGUGGUCGAUGUGACGGCAAACCCAUUGGUGGCACCUGCCAGCACGAUCAACCUGUGUGCGAAGAAGGCGAACUUGGCGCUUCGCCUUGAGAUCAAAAUGUCGCCCGAGUGGACGACAGACUACAGCUUUGAGAUGACGCCCAUCGAGGUCAAGGUCGUCGACAUCUUGGAGGCUCGCAUCCGCGACCUCGAAGAGAUCAUCGCUCGACCGCGCUUGGUGUUCUGUACCGUGACGGGGACGAUUAUUGCGGGUACAAACCAACCGUGCACGUGGGCCGCCCCGGACGGGGAGAAGGCGUCGGCGCUCAGCACGCUUCACGCAGUCACGGUCCCAUUGGGCGUGACCUUGCCGAAAACGCUCUCGGGCUACCUCUACUCGACGCCCAAGACGGCGUCCAACAUGCACCGAGCCGCGUUCCGCUACCUCUGGUCCGUGCUCCGCGCCUGCGUCUGGUUUAACGUCUGA